AUGGCAGAUCCAGAGACUAACCAGAAUGGUCAGAUCAGCGCUGAUGAGAUAGCCUUGUAUGACCGCCAAAUCCGACUAUGGGGCAUGCAAGCGCAAGAAAAGAUCCGAUCGGCUAAUAUUCUUCUAAUCACUGUCAAGGCUCUUGCGAAUGAGGUAGCAAAGAACCUGGUUCUUGCGGGUAUUGGCUCCUUGACCAUCAUUGACCAUGAACCGGUGACAGAGAGCGACUUGGAUGCUUCGUUUUUCCUGGAAGAGGCACACCGAGACGAGGAGAUUAUCAAGCAAGGGAAGAACCGCGCCGAAGUCGCCGGUCCCCAGAUCAAGCAGAUGAACCCCCGAGUGAAGCUCACCGUUGAUACGGAUGAUGUCCGAACCAAGCAACCCGAAUUCUUCGCCCAAUUCGAUAUCACCAUCGCAACAGAGCUAGACUUCAUGACCAACACCACCAUAAACGCAGCCUGCCGUCUCGCGAAUCGUCCCUUCUACGCAGCCGGCCUACACGGUUUCUACGGUUAUAUCUUCGCGGAUCUAAUCUCCCACGACUUUGUCAUCGAGCGCGAGAAGUCCAAUGUCCCACCAAAGACCCAAGAAACGCCUACCCGCAGCAUCAUAAACAUUACCACCAAGGAAAAGGCCAAGAAAGGUGAUAAGACAGUCGAGCUGGUCACGAAGCGCGAAACCUAUUCUCCGCUUAUCCUCGCCAAUGCCUCCCCCUUCCGGAAGAAAACACCCGUCUUCUUCGCCGUCGCAAACAACUGUCUGCGUGCGCUCUGGGAAUUUGAAAAGGCGUCAGAUGGUCGUCGACCUACAUUCAGUAACGUGGAUCUGCAAUUAUUUACCAAGCUUGCGCGUGAUAGCCACAAAGAGCUCCGACUAGAUCUGUCAAUGUUGGAUUCUUCUGUCCUACGCACGUUCCUCCAGAACCUGGGUAGCGAGCUAGCUCCUGUAUCGGCGUUCCUGGGUGGUGCAUUGGCGCAGGAUGUGAUCAAUGUGCUCUCGGCGCGGGAACAGCCAUUGCAGAACUUACUCCUUUUCGAUGCGGAGAAGAGCGUUGGUCCGAUUUACUCCCUUCAUCCUUUCUUCCCAGACGAUACGAGUCUAGAUGGGUUGGCUGCUGUGCCGCCGGUCUCCAAUCCGAUUCCGUUGAACGCGAACCCGAAUAUUAUUCCAUUCCGAGUGGAAGAUCCAACCACUACGAUUGUGUAG